AUGGAGAGCGAGCGCGACAUGUACCGUCAGUUUCAGGACUGGUGCCUCAGGACUUACGGGGACUCAGGCAAGACCAAGACGGUGACCCGUAAAAAAUACGAGCGGAUCGUCCAGCUCCUCAACGGCUCCGAGUCGAGCUCCACUGACAACGCCAAAUUUAAAUUCUGGGUCAAAUCGAAGGGCUUCCAGCUGGGCCAGCCCGAAGAGGUCCGCGGGGGUGGCGGUGGCGCCAAGCAAGUGCUCUAUGUGCCAGUCAAGACCACGGAUGGUGUAGGAGUAGAUGAGAAGCUGUCUUUAAGGAGAGUAGCUGUGGUUGAAGAUUUCUUUGACAUUAUCUAUUCAAUGCAUGUGGAAACAGGACCAAAUGGAGAACAAAUUAGAAAACAUGCUGGACAAAAGAGAACUUACAAAGCAAUUUCAGAGAGCUAUGCCUUCCUACCAAGAGAAGCGGUGACACGGUUUCUAAUGAGCUGCUCCGAGUGCCAGAAAAGAAUGCACUUAAACCCAGAUGGAAGCGAUCAUAAAGAUAAUGGAAAGCCUCCCACUUUGGUGACCAGCAUGAUUGACUACAACAUGCCAAUUACCAUGGCCUAUAUGAAGCAUAUGAAACUGCAGCUACUAAACUCACAGCAAGAUGAGGAUGAAAGUUCAAUAGAAAGUGAUGAAUUUGAUAUGAGUGAUUCAACACGGAUGUCAGCUGUGAACUCUGAUCUUAGCUCCAAUCUUGAGGAAAGAAUGCAAAGUCCCCAGACUCUUCAUGGCCAGCAAGAUGAUGAUUCUGCUGCAGAGAGCUUCAAUGGCAAUGAGACUCUGGGGCACAGUUCUACUGCUUCAGGGGGAGCACACAGCAGGGAAAUGGGAGACUCCAACAGUGAAGGCAAAACUGGGCUGGAGCAGGAUGAGCAGCCACUGAACCUGAGCGACAGUCCCCUCUCAGCACAACUGACUUCGGAAUACAGAAUAGAUGAUCAUAGCAGUAAUGGAAAAAACAAAUAUAAGAACCUUCUAGUGUCUGACCUCAAGAUGGAACGAGAGGCGAGAGAAAAUGGAAACAAGUCUCCUGCACACAGUUACUCAAGCUAUGACUCUGGCAAAAAUGACAGUGUAGACAGAGGUGCAGAAGACCUGUCUCUAAACAGGGGAGAUGAGGAUGAAGAUGAGCACGAUGACCAUGAGGACUCUGAGAAAGUGAACGAGACAGACGGAGUGGAAGCUGAGCGGCUGAAAGCUUUCAAUUCUCGACCUAUUCCUUCCCACCUGACUUCAGCAGUUGCUGAGAGUAUCUUGGCUUCAGCCUGUGAGAGUGAAAGUAGAAACGCUGCCAAGAGAAUGCGCCUGGACAGACAACAGGAUGAAUCUGCUCCAGCUGACAAACAGUGUAAGCCAGAGGCAGCCCAGGCCACUUAUUCAACAUCAGCUGUAUCAGGUUCACAGGAGGUGUUGUACAUCAAUGGAAACGGGACCUACAGUUACCAUAGUUACAGAGGGCUAGGAGGGGGACUGCUAAACCUCAACGAUGCUGCCAGUAGUGGACCCACCGAUCUCAGCAUGAAGAGGCAAUUGGCAACCAGCUCAGGAUCCUCCAGCACUUCAAGUUCCAGGCCCCAGUUAAGUCCAACUGAAAUCAAUGCUGUGAGACAGCUCGUUGCAGGGUACCGAGAAUCAGCUGCGUUUUUAUUGCGUUCUGCAGAUGAACUGGAAAAUCUUAUUUUACAACAGAACUGAGUCAAAUGACAACCAUAUUCACUGAGGUAGAAAUUCGCAGUUUCCACUAAUGACAUUUUGAUUUCCCAGCAGAGAUGCUUCUGGUCUUACUGCACGUCUUUUUAAGAGAGGUACUUCCAUUAUGCCACAUUGUCCUUGAUCCAUAAAGUGAUGUGUUAAGGUGCUUCAAAGGAACUCUGACCUGUGAAGUACUUGAGAUACUUUAACGUGUCCAGCCUAUUGCUUUUUAUUUUACUAUGUCAGCAUAAAUAU